UGACUGUUUAAGCUCCUGGCGGCGGAGAGGAGAGGCAGGCGAACACGCAAGAGGAGCCACCCGGCUGCUUGUCUCAUUCUCCGCAGCGGGAUUUUUGUUCUCAUUUUCUCGUCGAUCGAUCUCUCUUCUUCUCUCUCUCUCAAAAAGAGAUUCGAGGGAAUCGCUGAUACCUUCGAGGCUUCGCCCCCAUCGAUUUCACCAUCUCCUUGCUCCCCCGCAUCUCCUAGGUUUGUCGCACAAAAAGCACCAGUUUGACACAACAAAGGGCCUUUUGGCGAUCGAGGUAAGGGAUGAUGGAAGGGGAUAGCUUCUCCGGGUUCGGCAACGGAAGUCAAGUCGACGGCAAGGUCUUCGCGACCUUCCAAAAGAGCUUCCUCCAGGUGCAGAGCAUCUUGGACCAGAACAGGCUGUUGAUCAACGAGAUCAAUCAGAACCACGAGUCCAAAAUCCCCGACAACCUCACCCGCAACGUCAGCCUAAUUCGCGAGCUCAACAACAACAUACGACGCGUCGUCGACCUCUACGCCGACCUCUCCGUCUCCUUCACCAGGUCCAUGGACGCUUCCUCGGAAGGGGACUCCGAAGGGAAGUCCGGCCACAAGAGGAACAGACCUCUGUAAUUAGCAAUCAAACAAUUAGUCGAGAGAAACCGAGAGAGAGAUAGAGAGAGAGGAGAGAGUGUCACAGAUUACACAAGUUAGGAUUCAGAAUUGUGCAAGUUUGGAGGUGAGAGGAGGAGACGAAGUAACUCGCAGAGCAAAAUAACAGAUGAUUUUACCUGCAUUGUAGUAAUUAAUCAUCAUGUCAUUGCAGCACUGGAAAGCUAUCAACAUGUGUGUGUUCCAAAUUUACUAAUGUUUUCUGCA